AUGCGCGCCGCGGAGCUGUCCCGGCAGAAGGACCGCAUGCACGCGGAGGCGCUGCGGGCGCUCACGGAGGAGCGCGACGCCGCGCGGCGGCGCGCCCAGCGCGCCGAGGCGGCGGCCGACCAGAGGACGGAGAGGUCGAAGACCAAGUCGAGGAACGCGGAGGGCGCGGCGAAGGCCGCGGAGGACGCGGCGGGCAAGCUGCGCGCGCGCGUCGGGCAGCUGCAGCACGCCCUCAAGCAGAAGGAGGGGGAGUACGACAAGCUCAAGGCGCACCUGCAGGACCGCGUGGCGCGCGACGAGCGGCGCGCGGCGCGCGACAAGGAGGUGUACGCGCGGCUGAAGCAGGCGCACCACGCGGCGCGGCACGCGGACGCGAAGAGCGGCGCGGGGGUGGUGUCGGCGGCGGCGCGCGAGCUGCGGCCCGUCGAGAUCGUGUCGAUCUACGAGGCGGCGCGCGCGGACCUGGAGAGCGAGGUCGGCGUGCUGCGGCGCGAGAACGGCGACCUGCGGUCCCGCGUGGCCGAGCUCGAGGGCACGAUCGCGCGCAAGGACCGCGAGGGGUCGUGGCGCAACAAGGGCGGCGACGUCGAGCAGGCGCUGGCCGAGGCGGAGCGGCGGGCCGCGGAGGCCGCGAAGGAGGUGGCCGCGGAGCGGUCGCGCGCGGCGGAGGCGGCGCGCGAGGCGGCGCGGGCGGUCGCGGCCGCGGAGCGCAAGGCGGAGCGCCUGGCCGAGGAGGUGGCGUCGCUGGCGCUCGAGGUGGAGUCGCGGCCGGCGCUGCGGGAGCUGCGGUCCGCGCAGCGGCAGGUGGAGAUCCUGGAGCGGCAGCUCGCGAAGGCGCGCGGGGGCGUGCCCGCGGGCACCGGCGGCGACGCGCUGCGGGGCGAGGCCGAGGUGGCGGGGGCCAGGCUGGGGCGCGUGGGCGCGGCGGCGCUGGGGACGCGCGAGCGCAUCCACCGCGACCGCGAGCUGCACCGCCUGGGCCUGACGCAGGUCGGGGAGCUGCCCAAGGGGGUGCUGUCGGACCUGGUCGAGGACGUGUGCCUGGCGCUCGAGUGCUCGGAGCCCACGAGCCUCCCCGCGCACGUCCAGCGCGCCGUGCGCGUCGUCGCGGCGGUGCCGAAGCUCGAGCGCUUCAUGGGCGAGGUGUGCGACGCGGUGCUCGUCAAGGGCCGCUCGCUGGGGGCGCUGCCGGAGGGCACCGGCCUGCAGGACGUGGACGCGGUGCCGGGCGUGGUCGCGCGGUGGGCGGACGAGGUCGCGGAGGCGCAGAGCCUGCGCGCGGCGCUCGAGGCCGCGCGCGGGCACCUCGCGCAGCGCCCCGGGUGCUUGUCGGCGCCCGAGGGCGCCGCGGGGGUGGUGCUGGCCGUGGAGGACGUGUGCCGCGCGGAGAAGGCGCUGAUGGGCGCGCACGAGACGAUCGACGCCGCGCAGGACAUCCUCGCGCAGGAGCGCGGCGGCGCGGCGGGCGGCGCGGCGGGCGGCGCGGCGGCGGCCGAGGCGCUCAUCCGGCGCGUGGUGCGGCACUUCAUGCACCUGUUCGAGUGCCCGCGGCUCGACGGCGCGCUCCCGCGGAUGAACCAGGUGUACGUCGCGCUCUCGGAGUACCGCAACCUGCUGCGCACGCUCGGGGCGCUGCUGGACCUCGGCCACACGCCGUCGCCGGCGGGCGUCGUGAAGCGCGUGCGGCAGGCGCUGCUGGCCGGCGGCGUCGACGUCGUCGACGACGCGCAGAAGGCGCUGCUCGCGGACUACGCGAGGGACGAGGGGCGGCUCGCGGGCGUGUCCGGCGGGAAGGGCGGAGAGGGGAAGAGGAGCGGGCGCGGGGGGGCGGCGCUGGUGGCGACGGUGCUGCGGAACGGCGACGUCGUCUGGGAGGACAAGAGCCACAACGUCGUCCCCAUGCGCGUCGGCAAGCGCACCUGGGUCGGGGAGGGGAGUGACGAUGCGGAGCCCGAGGCCCCCGGCACGCCGGAGCAGGAGGCGCCGCGCGCGCUGCCGGCGCCGGACACGGGCAGCGGCUCGUCCGAGGGCGACGCGAGCGCGGACGAGUUCGCCACGGAGCUCAAGGAGCACACGGCGAGCAUGCGGCAGCUGCAGGCGCUGCUGGGGGCGGGGACGCCCGCGCAGGCGGUGGUGGAGGCGCGGAAGCUGGUGGAGCGGCUCGAGAAGCUGGACGCGGUGCUCCCGAACUACCAGCGCGUGGCGUCGCAGCUGUUCGACGUGCUGAAGGUGGCGACGCUGGAGGACGUCGUGCCCGCGGUGAUCGCGCUCAACAGGCGCGCGCAGUGA